GAGAGGAGGGAGCGAGGGACAGACGGGUUUCCCAGACCGUCUGUGGGACGGCUGGCAAAUUCCUCACGGCACAGGAAUUUUACAGGACCACCCCCCCCGACAAAUCCAAGACCAGCCUCGGCGAGGAGUUUUUCAUAGCCCUGGUCCCACCUCCCCUUGUCCACUGUUUCUAUCCUGACACCCGGGCAGUGUGUUUGGUGCAGGGAAUGUGUGCACCUCUAUCGGGACUCUGAGUGUCGCUCUGUGUGCCGGAAUGGCAGGGAAGUUGCAGCUGGCCGUCUUCUGCCUGUCGUUGGUGUCCGUGGCGCAGGCUGCCAGCUGGUGGGACUGGUUCAAAGGAGCAGAGGAGGAGGACGACAACACCACCGCCGCUGCCAUCGCGCCUGUCCCGGGACCUUCCUCCCAGCUGGACACAGCGAGCCCCAGCCCCUCCCCACCCACCGCGGGGGGCGGGAGCAGCCCCGGCCAGGACAGCCUCGCCGGGGUGGGAGCCAGGAUACUGGACGUGGCCGAGGGCAUCCAGGACCUGCUGCAGAGCUGGGACCAGCGAGGCGUCGAGACGCAGGGGCCGGUUGGGGUGCUGGCAGCAGGACAAAAGGAUGCUAAGGGACCCCAGGCCAGUGCACCCUCCGUCCUGCUGGCACCCAGUGGGACUGCACCCACAGCAACAAGCGAUUCCCUGGCGGACCAGACUCACACUGCAGUGGAAACCCUGACACCCUCGCCCAUCGCUCCCUCAUCCACCUUCUCUUCCCUUCCCUUGUCCUCAACCACCCCCUCUUCCCCUCCCUCACUCUCAACCACCCCCUCCUCCCCUCCCUCACUCUCAACAACUCCCUCCUCCCCUCCCUCACUCUCAACCACCCCCUCCUCCCCUCCCUCACUCUCAACCACCCCCUUCUCCCCUCCCUCACUCUCAACCACCCCACCUUCAUCCACGACCCCCUCAAGCCCUUCCCACUUGGUGAGUCGCACAGUCGAGCGUGGCGCCUCCUCAACUCGCCCAACCACCAGUCAGCAGUUGGGCCAGUCCAGCCAACUGGACGCCACGCCACGGUCAGAGAGCCCGUUAACGAAGAGACGCUGUGACUCCCGCUGUCCAGAUGAUGACCACACCGUGUCCCUGCUCCAGUUGAUAGGAGACCCUCCUCCUCAGCAGAUAGCUGUGGUGUACGAUGCUGACCUGAACCCAUCCUACAAGUUUGGUCCAGAUGUGAACACUGGCCAACAGGCCAGAGCCCACUUCCAAAAUCCUUUCUUCCGUGACUUCUCCCUCUUCUUCUCGAUAAUGCCGAUGUCCACGAAGAGUGGUGUCCUCUUUGCCAUCACAAACGCCAAGCAGACCAUCAUCUACGUUGGAGUUAAGCUCUCAGCGGUUGAGAAUGAACGCCAGAGAAUAAUUUUCUAUUACACGGAGCCGGGAUCGGAGCAGUCCUAUGAGGCUGCCUCUUUCUGGGUGCCGAAGCUGACCAAUAAGUGGACCAAGUUUUCCAUCAGCGUGAAAGAUGACAUCGUCUCCUUCUACUAUGGCUGCGAGCCGCCCAUGAGUCAACGCUUUGAAAGGUCUCCAGAUGAAAUGGAGCUUGAUGAGUCCUCUGGCGUCUUUGUCGCCUUGGCUGGUGGUGCAGAUCCAGAUAAGUUCUUGGGUUUGAUUGAAGAUCUGAAGAUAAAGGGAGAUCCUCGAGCAGCACAGUUUUACUGUGAAGGGGACGAUGAUGGGGAGGCUUCUGGAGAAUUUGGGAGUGGAUACAGAAGAGGGAUUCAAACGGUAACUCCUCCUUCAUAUCGACCCCCAGAGUACCCACCAGUUCACCCUCCGCCCACCAGCAGAGAGAGCCUCAGGCCACCACGGCCAGCCCACGAGACCAUCCGGUGGACAGCCGUGGAGGAGAGGGGUGAGAGGAGAAUCCAGGAGACGCACGGCAUGAAAGGUGACAGAGGCUUGAGUGUUGAAACGGUCACCACAAUCAAAGGAGAGAAGGGUGAUAAAGGCGAUCCUGGAGAAAAGGGCACAGCUGGAUUUGGAUAUCGAGGGCCCAAGGGGGAGAAAGGAGAGCCGGGGUUUCCUGGACCUCCUGGUCCCCUGGCGAUGGUCCGGGAGCGUGGCGAUGGGCUCGUAUUGGACCCAAACUCGGGUCUUCAAGGUCCACCUGGGUCCCCUGGGCUUCCUGGAAGAGAUGGGGAGCCGGGUGAUCCUGGUGAAGAUGGAAAACCGGGUGAGAUAGGUCCUCAAGGUUUCCCAGGAGCUCCCGGUGACCAAGGACCUAAAGGAGAUAAGGGUGAUCCAGGGAUUGGAGUUGAAGGACCGAGAGGACCUCCUGGACCACCUGGGCCCCCAGGACCCUCCGCCAGCCUGGACAAACUCACGUUUAUUGACAUGGAGGGAUCGGGACUUGGAGCUGACCUGGAAGCCUUUCGGGGCCCACCAGGGCCUCGCGGACCGCCUGGUGUUCCUGGGCUCCCGGGUCGGCCUGGUGUCUUUGGUGGGAACAACACUGGGCUACCUGGACCACCUGGCAUGCCCGGAAUUCCAGGAGCUCAUGGGAAUCCCGGGACACCCGGGCCAAUGGGCCCCUCUGGUCUACCAGGAAGAGAUGGUGCGCCAGGCCUACCGGGCGAGAAGGGAGUACCGGGUGAGCCUGGUGAUUUGGGUCUUCCAGGAGCUCAAGGUGCCCAGGGUCCACCUGGCAGUGUUGGGCCCCCAGGUCAGCCUGGUUUAGCUGGGUUGCCUGGACCGAUCGGACCUCGAGGACCCCCAGGACCUCCCGGACCACCCAUUCCCUUCUUCUCUGCUGGAUUUGAUGACGCAGAAGGAUCCGGUUUCCCAGUAAUUCCAGGUGUACCAGGGAAUCGAGGGUUGGAAGGAAUUCAGGGAAUCCCGGGAAUGCCUGGAGUUCCUGGAGAAAAGGGCGAGCCAGGACCCAAAGGAGAACAGGGAAUUCCAGGGGCGCAGGGAUAUCCAGGAGGAACUGGCCUGCAAGGAUUUCCAGGUCCUCAGGGUCCAAAGGGUGUUAAAGGAGAAAAAGGCAUGAAGGGCGAGGCUGGCAGAGAUGGCGUGGGAUUACCUGGCCCACCUGGUCCCCCCGGCUAUGUGUAUGGAGCUGACGACAUGGUCAAUCAGCCUGGAAGAGAGGGUCCCACUGGUCCAAAAGGUGACCGUGGCAAAGCAGGUCUUCAGGGUCCUAUUGGGCCAAAGGGUGAGAAAGGAGAGCCUGGCGAGAUCACUGAGCUCAACAGAAACGCACUGAAGGGAGAACCUGGUGAUCCUGGACACAUGGGCCCAGAGGGCAUCCCAGGGUAUCCUGGUCGAAAAGGUGAAAUUGGUUUGCCAGGACGACCGGGUCGUCCUGGGAUAAAUGGACUGAAGGGGGAAAAGGGAGAGGCAGGAGACUUCAGCGGUGGUUAUGGAUUUCGGAGUAUUCCAGGCCCUCCAGGACCCCCGGGACCUCCUGGACCACCCGGUCUACCAGCGCCAACCUUCGACAAUAACGUGUUUGGUACAGGAGCUGACUCCUACCCAGGACUUCUUGGAUCGCCAGGUCCGAAAGGAGAGCGAGGCAGCCCGGGUCAUCCAGGGCCCCGAGGGGACAAGGGGGAAGCGGGCCAGCCAGGAAAUCCAGGCCCACCCGGAAUCAUCCCAUACGAUGUGUAUGAGUAUCACCCUGGAGGCAGGGGGGUGAAGGGAGAGCGAGGCAAUACGGGGCUGAAGGGAGAAAAAGGAGAGCCCAGCGAUGGCUAUGGUUCAGGGAUACCUGGUCCACCAGGACCUCCCGGGCCUCCAGGAAGACCAGGGCUUCAGGGGCCAAAAGGAGACAGCAUUGUUGGACCUAGAGGACUACCAGGCAAUCCAGGACCCCCAGGUUACAGCUACCCAGGACCUCCAGGACCGCCAGGACCCCCAGGACGUCCUGGCUCAUCUGUGCUGCAUCUGCCUGGUGUAUCAUCGGGGCAACAGACAACAAGUGUUGUUGGCCCACCUGGUCCCCCUGGACCUCCUGGUCCCCCAGGAUCGUCAGCCUCACCUUCUGGGGUAACGGUGCUACAGACCUACCAAACAAUGCUCAGCAUAUCUCGAAGUCUACACGAGGGAACGCUGGCUUACAUCUUAGAACGUGGGGAGCUGUAUAUCCGAGUGAGGGAUGGCUGGCGGCAGGUUUACCUUGGCGAGUAUGUUCCUUACCUCAGAGGUGGAAUUGUUGAAAACAAGGUGGAGGCAGUGGGGUCCCCGCCAGUGGUGCGAUAUUCCGGACAGCGGGAAUCCUCAGCAAAUUCGGAUAAAGUGGUUUCCAAGGACCUGGAGGCCCACCACUCCCAAACGGAACGACUAACGGACACCCACCCUUACGGAAGUGCUCACCAGCGGCCAGAGCUGCCGAAACCCCUGCACCCCCAUCGCCAGUACCUCCCGGGGAGGCCAGCGACCGUCGCCCCUCCCCGCUCCGUGGAGCCGCCGAGGGUGAACCACCGUGGCGUGUCCCACCAACCUCACGUCAACCCCUCCGUCCACACUGGCCAGCUGCAUGGGGUGCCAAUGCUGCACCUCAUGGCACUCAACACCCCUGUCACAGGCAACAUGCAGGGGAUCCGCGGGGUGGACUUCCAGUGCUUCCAGCAGGCGCGUGGGGUGGGACUGAUGGGCACGUUCAGGGCCUUCCUCUCGUCCCGAGUCCAGGACCUGUACAGCGUGGUCCGGCGUGCCGACAGGAACUCGGUGCCAAUCGUGAAUGGCAAGGGAGAGGUGCUGUUUGAUAACUGGAUCUCGCUCUUCUCCGGAUCUCAUGCUCCCUUCAAAUCUACUGCCACUAUCUAUUCCUUUGACGGACGAGACGUGCUUCGGGACCCGGCCUGGCCUGAGAAGUUGAUCUGGCAUGGCUCAGACACCAAGGGACGGCGCUUGUUGGAGACUUACUGUGAAGCCUGGAGGAAAGAUACGGAUGACAUGAAGGGUAUGGCUUCGUCCCUGCUCAGUGGCCGGCUCCUGGAACAGCGGCCCAGCCAGUGCUCCAAGUCCUUCAUCGUCCUCUGCAUCGAGAACAGCUACCUGCCGCACUCGCGGAAGUAACGCCCCACACUCGCCACCCUUCCCUCAUCAACGGAGAGAGUUUUCUCCUGGUGCUUACGGUGAAAACGCAUUUUCUGUACAGAUGUAAUUUUUUUUAAAUAAUUUUUUAAAAAAUGAUGGAAGAUAAAAGCCAAAGAGGUCGGUUUUUAAAACAAAUAUUAAAAAAGCCACUCACGGUGGUUUCCCAGCAUGCACUGGGCAUGUCCUUGAAAUGCCCCAGAUGAUGCAAUGUCCAAUGUGUACAUGUAACGGUUAAUAUUUGUAUAUGGAAUGUUUGUGCAAGCCAAUGUAUCCUUUUUAACUUGCUGCUUCUGACAGUUAGUCUUACCAGAUUACUUUUCUAAUUCAUUCCUUCUUUUGGCAGAAUCAUUCACUUUCUUCAAUACAAACACGCUAAACUACGUGUAGAACUACAUGGACUGAUUUAGAAUGUGUCUUUGAUCACUUGGAAUCUGAAGCCGUUAUGACAGUGUUGCUUUGUGUAUCUCUCAUUCACACACACACACACACACACACACACACGUGCAAACACAGAUAGGUAUAAGGAUAUACUGCAUUAAAGAUACCUCCUGGUGUUGAUGGGCUGGGCCCUCUUUCCCACCAGCUCUGCAUUGAACUUGCUGGGGUUCCGUGUUCUAUCAGAAGAGAGAAGGAGAGAGGGCCUGAUGGGUAGACUGUUCCAUUGGUCUCAGCUUCCUGGUGCAGGGGUGAUCUUGGCUGUCCUCAGGAAGGAACUAAGCAGAAGACAAAGGGAGAGAGGAGGAGAGCACAAAUUUCACUUAGCCCGGUCAUUCCUAGCUGUCCGUCCAUCAGAACAUCAGGCUGUUCCUUAAAUCAGCACACGUGAGCCUUUGCCUUUAAGUGGCACACAGGUGCUCAUAUUUGCACCAAUGGGACCUGUUUACUUUGGCCGCAGGAUACAGACCCUUGGGAGUUGCACCAGGGAGACACUCCUGCCCAGAAUAUUGUUUAUGGCAAUGACUGCUUUUAGUUACAAGACCCUUCCUCAGGAGUUUGCUAAAACAUGGAAAUUGCAGGGAAAUCAUAAACACAGGAAGUUCUGCAGAUGCUGGAAAUCGGAGUAACACACACAAAAUACUGGAGGAACUCAGCAGAAUAAACUCAGAAAAAUAAACAGUCGACUUUUUGGGCUGAGACCCUUUAUCAUGACAUCCUGAUGAAGGGUCUCGGCACAAAACGUCAACUGUUUAUUCCUCUCUAUAGGUGCUGCCUGACCUGCUGAGUUCCUCCAGUAUUUUGUGUGUGUUAGUCAUAAGCAAAUGCCAGACAUCUAAGGCAAUCAAUUCUAAGUCACUCCCACAGGUGUAAAGUCAGUAAAGACAAAACUUUGUCCUUAUCUAGGGCUCACUCUGCCACACAAUUUCUGCAUGCAUUUCUUUAGUAAAUGGGUAGACGACUUUUGAGAAUUCAAAGCACAGAUUCAUGGGGUGGCACGGCAGCGUAGUGGUUCGCACAACACUUUACAGUACCAGUGACCCGGGUUCAAUUCCCGUCACUGCCUGUAAGGAGUUUGUACGUUCUCCCAGUGACCGUGUGGAUUUCCUCCAGGUGCUCUGCUUUUCUCCCACAGUCCAAAGGCAUACCAGUUGGUAGGUUAAUUAGUCAUUGUAAAUUGUCCCAUGGUUAGGCUAGGGUUAAAUCAGGGGUUGCUGGGCAGCAUGGCUCUGCACUGUCCCUCAAUAAAUAAAUGAAUUCCAAGAUAAUUCUCUGCAGUUUUUUGAUGAAAGUAAAGACAUUAAUUCACUGCAGAACAACCAAGAAACCAUCAGCACUCAUAACAACUCUGAGGGCAUUAAUGAACAGGGCGUUUAUAGUGUCAACUGAAAACAAUGCUCUCAAGCUUGUUAAACCACCGUUGAAGCUCCCACCAACAGAGCUAGUUAGUGACUGGAAUUACCUAAAUGCAAGAUAUGAUGCAGUGGGUGUAACAGCUUAAUUGAUGUGGAAGCCUGGUUCAAUAACUCGGAGGACAGUUCCCAUUCUGUGAUUUUAAGUUCAGUUGCAAAGAUCUGGGAUCUGACAACAUGAUGCUGUUCUCCAUGGGUGACUGGGAGCAUAUUGGUUGAGGCCAACAGGUCCAACGAUGUCCUGCUUCCUGAACAGGCCUGGCUUACGUGCCACCAUGAAGAAAAUGCCCACUCUUGCCAGAUGCUGCAAUGAGGGGUGUCCACACCCGGAGAGUGGACAAUAAAUGGGAAAUGGACAUCCUUCUCUUAGCGCCAGUUAUUUUGCCAUUGUCUGCCUCCUUUGGAGUGAUGUGCAGUGUUUGGUCUUUGUUCAUGGAGCGUUUUCUGUCUUCAUGUUCUCAAGCCUGUUUCACUGCACACCCAACAAUUGUGCUUGCUGUCUCCCUGCAUCCUAUAUCUCAAGCAUUCACCCCUCCUCUCCACCCCCAAAACAAACUUGCACUGCUAACACUAAUUUAAAGCCAGAAUAUGCGUCAGCUCUCUGACACAGAAGAGGUCUUUGCAGGGAACAUUUUUGCUUCCAUUAAGCCCAGUGGAGAGGAGGCAGCCUGAGGUUUCAGUCACAUCCCAUUGAGCACAGUGUAUGGGUGCUUGUCCCUGCUGUAGGUCAAUAUUCUCCCAACUCCACUACUACGUACAAAUUGUUGGAAGAUUUAAAAAAAAGACAAACUGCUGAAGGAUAAUCUCAGUGGGUUCCUCGAGCAGUUUGCUUUUAGUUCCAGAUUUCAGCAUCUACAGUCUCUAGCAUCUCCCUGUUGGACGACAUGGUGAAUGAAGCUUGCAUUAACAAAAACAAUCCAUCCACUUCUUUUCAAAUGCGCAAAUACUUACCCCACCGAUACCAAAUCAUUGUUCAGUUUCUCCAUUUCUGGCCCAAGCACUCCACCGUGCUGUGCAGCUUGACCAGCUGACUCUGUGCAUGGAGCAUUUGAUUGGUGAUCAGGAAGAGGUCCAUGCUGGCAGAUCCCUGAUUGGUUAGUUUAGCACAACACAAGAUUGCUGAUUUAGUUCAAGGUUUACUUACAGGCAGAUCACAUGAUCUGCUAUUUUUGCUCACUUGAAGCCCUCACAUCAUAUUGACCAUUCCACCAUGAAACCUACUGUACACCAAUCAGAAAGCAUAAAGAUUAUGUAUUUCCCAAUUGGAUAUCGCUUCAAUGUUUAUCCUACCACUUCUGGUGUUUUUAUAACUAAUAAAAUGUUUUUUUUUACUAUAUAUAUAUAUAUAAAAUUGUUCUUUAACUGUCCUCCUAAGUCAAGAAUUUGAGUUUCAUCUUUAAUUCCUGAAGACCUCGGACAAUCCUAGAAGGUUGUUGAUGUCUCUUUUAUUCAUUGAGAGCUUGAGUCAGCCUUGCAGGAAAAGUUGGGGUGGAUGUGUUUGCUCAUCUCCAUUUCAGCGUGGCAUGCUUUAGUUCUUUUCCAAUGUCUACAAACCGUUGAUGGUUAAGUUGAAUAUUUACUUAAUACGUGUGUAUGUAAGCAGCUUACAUGUUGGCACCAGAAACUGAAAACCUGAUUACUUUGGAAAGCCUGGUGAUAUACAAGCUCAUUUGAUGUUCAUUUUGUGCAAUUUGAGCACUUUUCUUAAACUGCUUCAGUUUCCUUCUCUCUCCAAGGGCCACUUGUUCCAGAUUACUACGGGCAGCCUUUGACUGUUGCUGUAAAUGACAAAGAGUGAUGCUUAGCCUGCUGAACAUUUCCCUAAAGACACAACUAAUUUACCAGUGGUCUCUCCCAGAGUGCUGCCACUCAAUGUAAACUUAUAACUCCUGGAGUCCGCAUUACAAUUUGUGUCAAAACGUGAAAGCACUGUAAUUAAAACCAGUAAAUGUUUGCAGCACAUUGUGUAGCUUUCUGUAACCUUGAAGCUCUCUAAACACUUUUCCCAGAGUACUGAAUAAAGAUUAUAA